UUUCGAGGUGCUUCGACACCGAGAAUCCGAGAUCGAAGAGAGAGAAAGUAGAGAGAGAGAGAGAGAGAGAGAGAGAGAGAACGCGCGAAUCAGAUCUCUCCCCUUCUCUCUCCUCUCUCUCCCCCAAAAGCGAAACCCUAGCUUCGUUCCCCUCCCUCUCCUCUUCCUCCAAUGGAAAUCUCGCGGCUCCGAGGGCUCCUCCCAUGGAUAAUCGCCCUCGUGAUCGUGGUCUCCGUCGCCGGCCCCGCCGCCGCCUUCUACCUCCCCGGCGUCGCCCCCGCCGAUUUCCAAAAGAAAGACAUGCUUUUUGUCAAGGUGAACAAACUGAGUUCUAUAAAGACACAACUCCCAUACUCCUACUACUCUCUCCCUUACUGUCAUCCAGACACUAUAGUUGACAGUGCAGAAAAUCUUGGGGAGGUUCUUCGUGGUGAUCGGAUCGAGAACUCCCCAUAUGUGUUUCAAAUGAGAGAGCCUCAAAUGUGUCAGAUAGUCUGCAAGAUCACUCCAAAUGACAAAGAAGCAAAGGAACUGAAGGAAAAGAUUGAGGAUGAAUAUCGUGUCAACAUGAUUCUCGACAAUCUUCCGCUAGUUGUUCCUAUUAAAAGGCUGGAUCAGGAUUCAGCUAUAGUUUACCAGCACGGCUUUCAUGUUGGUGUUAAAGGCCAGUAUUCUGGAAGCAAGGAGGAGAAAUAUUUCAUCCACAACCACUUGUCAUUUCUGGUGAAGUACCACAAGGAUACACAAACAGAACUUGCUAGGAUAGUGGGCUUUGAGGUCAAACCUUUCAGUGUUAAACACGAGUUUGAAGGUGAAUGGAAUGGUAACAAGACUCGCUUGAGCACCUGCGAUCCUCAUGCAAAACGAUCGGUUAUGAACUCUGAUUCUCCUCAAGAGGUUGAGGCUAACAAGGACAUUAUAUUCACCUACGAUGUCGAGUUCGAGGAGAGUGCUAUCAAGUGGGCAUCUCGCUGGGACACCUACCUUCUGAUGACAGAUGACCAGAUCCACUGGUUCUCCAUUGUCAACUCUCUGAUGAUUGUUCUCUUCCUCUCCGGCAUGGUCGCAAUGAUCAUGCUCCGCACACUGUACCGUGACAUCUCCAAGUACAACCAGCUCGAGACCCAGGAAGAAGCUCAAGAAGAGACUGGUUGGAAACUUGUCCACGGCGACGUCUUCCGCCCACCCUCUAACUCUGACUUACUUUGCGUGUAUGUCGGGACCGGAGUUCAGUUCUUCGGCAUGCUGCUCGUCACCAUGAUGUUUGCCGUUCUUGGCUUCCUCUCCCCUUCAAACCGGGGUGGAUUAAUGACCGCCAUGCUACUCCUUUGGGUAUUCAUGGGCCUAUUUGCUGGCUAUUCCUCUUCCCGUUUGUACAAAAUGUUCAAGGGCGCAGAAUGGAAGAAGCUCACUCUGCGCACCGCCUUCACUUUUCCCGGAAUCGUUUUUGCCAUUUUUUUCGUCUUGAAUGCCCUAAUCUGGGGGGAGAAGUCAUCGGGAGCUGUGCCUUUCACUACAAUGUUCGCCCUCGUACUCCUCUGGUUUGGUAUUUCGGUCCCUCUUGUGUUCGUGGGAAGCUACAUCGGGUUCAAGAAGCCGGCCAUUGAGGACCCUGUGAAAACUAACAAAAUACCGAGGCAAAUUCCCGAGCAGGCGUGGUACAUGAACCCGAUUUUCUCUAUUCUGAUAGGAGGAAUACUUCCCUUCGGAGCUGUUUUCAUUGAGCUCUUCUUCAUCCUCACCUCGAUUUGGCUGCACCAGUUCUACUACAUCUUCGGCUUCCUUUUCCUCGUCUUCGUCAUCCUUAUCAUCACAUGUGCGGAGAUCACUAUCGUGCUCUGCUAUUUCCAGCUGUGCAGCGAGGACUACCUGUGGUGGUGGAGAUCGUACUUGACUUCAGGAUCUUCUGCGCUCUAUCUUUUCUUAUACGCGACCUUCUACUUCUUUACUAAGCUGGAUAUCACGAAGCUGGUGUCGGGUAUAUUGUACUUCGGGUACAUGCUCAUUGCAUCCUAUGCCUUCUUUGUACUGACAGGUACGAUCGGCUUCUAUGCGUGCUUCUGGUUCACAAGGUUGAUUUACUCGUCAGUCAAGAUCGACUGAGGAAGAGGAGAUUGAAAAUAUUCGACCCAGAAAACUUGUUAAGGGUUUGAAUCUUUCGUGUUCUAGAGGUUGUGUAAUAGCUCAAUUUGAUGAAAGGACCUAAGUUGAAUUAGUGCUUCAAUUCAUUUCACUCUUUUAUUUUUGGCGUUUUCUCGUCAUCAAGAUGAAUCUUUGGUGGCGACUUAGAGAAUUAGGGGUGUCAGUAUACCUACUCAUGCAUUUUUUUUUUUU